CGACAAGACCAACCACUGAUAGCGGAGACCGACAGCCCGCUACUAGACCAAAAAGGAACGACAAAUGCUUCCAAUGCGAGUGUUAAACAUUACGAAAUAGAAGGGGAUGACAACUACAAAAUCGAAGAAUAUGAUGAAAUAUAUAAUAUCAACGUAACCCGAAAAGUAGGAAGACCACCCAAGAAGAGAAUAGAACACUCAGAUAAUAGUGAACAAAGAGCCAGAAGAAAAUCAGACAGGGUACCACCAACGGAA